CCUCAACGCCCUAUACUAGCCCGGAGGAGAGGUCAAGGAAGGCGAGCGACGCUCGGGAGGAAGGGCAUCCCGCGACAGAGGCGGCGCCCCGCUCCCACCAACUCACACAACCGAUCCCCCUCCCCGCCGCGCCGUCGCCGGGGACGCGCGGGGGGCGAGCCGCCAAAAUCUAAGGGACCGAUCCCCGGGCGUGAGCCGCGAAGCUAGCGGCGGAGAAGAGAUCGGGGGCACGCGCUCGCCGGCCCGCAUCCUCCGGUUCCGGCCCCAGGUGGAGGGAGGCUAGACGAGAGAGAGAGGUACCAGAGCGAGGCGUGCGGUUCAGCCAUGUCGACGACGCAAGGGACAGCGUUGAAGUCGGCGCCGAUGGGCGCAGGCCGUCGGGCCCGGCGAGGCCGGCCCGUGGCGGCGCCGUACCGUUCCGGGUGGCAAGCCUACGGUGGCGUCUCCCUCGAGGGCAGCGGGUUCCUCGGCGGCGGGCAGCGCACCGAGGAACGCGUAGUGCCGCGGGCGCCCCGCGCGGUGACACGCGACGCUGAGGUCGUCAGGCCGCUGUCGAAGCUCCCUGACAGCAGCAUUGGGCUCUACGACCCCUCGUUCGAGCGUGACGCGUGCGGCGUUGGGUUUGUCGCUGAGCUUUCUGGAGAUUACAAACGCGAGACUGUCAAUGAUGCUAUUGAGAUGCUUGAGAGAAUGGCGCACCGUGGUGCUUGUGGCUGCGAGAAGAACACUGGAGAUGGUGCAGGCAUCCUUGUUGCUCUGCCACAUGACUUCUUCAAAGAGGUCACAAAGGAUGUUGGAUUUGAGUUACCGCCACCAGGUGAGUAUGCUGUUGGAAUGUUCUUCAUGCCAACUGAUGAAAAGCGUCGCGAGAAAGGCAAAGCUGAGUUUAAGAAGGUCGCAGAAUCACUGGGACAUGUUAUACUCGGGUGGCGGCCAGUUCCGACUGACAACUCAGACUUGGGUGAAUCUGCGCUUGAGACCGAGCCAGCCAUUGAGCAGGUUUUCAUCACCAAGAGUUCAAGAUCAGAGGCUGAGUUUGAGCAACAGCUAUAUAUUCUUAGGAGAUUCUCCAUCAGGUCUAUCCGAGCUGCUCUGGAUAUUCGGCGUGGAGGAGAGAGGGAUUUCUACAUGUGCUCUCUAUCUUCAAGGACUAUUGUUUACAAGGGCCAGCUUAAGCCGUGCCAACUUAAGGGGUACUACUAUGCAGACCUAGGUCAUGAAAACUUCACGAGUUAUAUGGCUCUGGUUCACUCAAGGUUCUCCACGAACACCUUUCCCAGCUGGGACCGUGCGCAGCCAAUGCGUGUUUUAGGCCAUAAUGGAGAGAUCAAUACCCUUAGAGGAAACAAGAACUGGAUGACAGCACGUGAGGGUCUCUUAGAGGCUGAGAAGCUUGGCUUAUCAAAGGAGCAGUUGUCGAUAAUUCUACCAAUUGUGGAUGCUACCUCUUCAGACUCAGGUGCAUUUGAUAAUGUUCUUGAGCUUCUUGUCCGAGGUGGGCGAAGCCUGCCAGAAGCUGUGAUGAUGAUGAUCCCUGAGGCAUGGCAGAAUGAUGCAAAUAUGGAUCCUGAAAAGAAAGCUCUCUAUGAAUUUCUGUCAGCACUUAUGGAGCCUUGGGAUGGACCUGCUCUAAUAUCUUUUACUGAUGGCCGCUACCUUGGAGCUACCCUGGACCGCAAUGGUUUGAGGCCUGGUCGAUUUUAUGUGACCCACAGUGGACGCGUGAUCAUGGGUAGUGAAGUUGGCGUUGUUGAUGUUCCUCCUGAAGAUGUACUGAGAAAGGGCAGGCUAAACCCUGGAAUGAUGCUAUUGGUUGAUUUUGAGAAUCACACAGUAGUGGAUGAUGAAGCUCUGAAAUCACAGUAUUCUAAAGCUCACCCAUAUGGUGAAUGGCUCAAGAAACAAAAACUAUGCCUUAAAGACAUUGUAGAAUCUGUGCCUGAAGUGGAUAGAGUUGCUCCAAGCAUUUCUAGCUCUUUUUCACAAAAGAAUGUGGCCAAGGAGAGUGUUGGUGUCAAUGGAAUUAUGACCCCACUGAAGGCCUUUGGGUACACGGUAGAAGCCCUGGAAAUGUUGUUGCUGCCAAUGGCAAAGGAUGGAACGGAAGCUCUUGGCUCCAUGGGAAACGAUACGCCCCUUGCAGUGAUGUCAAACAGGGAGAAGCUGACUUUUGAGUACUUCAAGCAGAUGUUUGCACAAGUUACAAACCCACCAAUUGAUCCCAUUAGAGAGAAAAUCGUAACAUCUAUGGAGUGUAUGAUUGGCCCAGAAGGUGACUUGCUGGAAACAACUGAAAAACAAUGCAACCGCCUUGCCCUUAAAGGUCCUUUGGUUUCUAUUGAUGAAAUGGAAGCUAUAAAAAAGAUGAAUUACCGUGGUUGGCGAAGCAAGGUGCUUGACAUAACUUAUCCGAAGAAGUCUGGAAGGAAGGGCCUGGAAGAGACUUUGGACAGAAUUUGCGCUGAAGCUCGUGAAGCCUUACGCCAAGGCUACACUAUUUUGGUUCUCUCAGAUAGAGGAUUUUCCUCAGACCGUGUUGCUGCCAGUUCUCUCUUAGCAGUUGGAGCAGUACAUCAGCACCUUGUUGCGAAUCUUGAGAGGACACGCAUAGGAUUGUUGGUUGAGUCCGCUGAACCUCGUGAAGUGCACCAUUUCUGCACCCUGGUUGGAUUUGGUGCUGAUGCAAUAUGCCCGUAUCUGGCUAUUGAAGCAAUUUGGUGCUUGCAGAAGGAUGGGAAGAUUCCUCCUAACAGUGAUGAGCAACCCUACUCAAAGGAAGAGCUGGUGAAGAAGUAUUUCUAUGCUUCAAACUAUGGAAUGAUGAAAGUUCUUGCAAAGAUGGGAAUAUCCACCCUUGCGUCCUACAAAGGUGCUCAGAUUUUUGAAGCUCUUGGUCUUUCUUCUGAAGUAAUUGGCAAGUGUUUUGAAGGUACACCUAGCAGAAUUGAGGGUGCAACAUUUGAAAUGCUUGCACGAGAUGCUCUCCGUCUUCAUGAGUUAGCUUUCCCAUCAAGAACCCCUCCACCUGGCAGUGCAGAUGCAAAGGCACUUCCCAACCCAGGGGAUUACCACUGGAGGAAAAAUGGUGAAGUCCACCUCAACGACCCACUUGCAAUUGGAAAAUUACAAGAAGCAGCUCGGGUUAACAGCCGGGCAGCAUACAAAGAAUAUUCAAAGCGAAUUCAGGAGCUCAACAAGACCUGCAAUCUCCGUGGCAUGCUGAAAUUUAAAGAUAUCACUGGCAAGAUAUCUUUGGACGAGGUUGAACCUGCAAGUGAAAUAGUGAAACGUUUUUGUACUGGUGCAAUGAGUUAUGGGUCAAUUUCAUUGGAAGCACAUACUGCCCUUGCUAUGGCCAUGAACAAACUUGGAGGAAAAUCUAAUACAGGUGAGGGAGGGGAACAGCCCUCUCGUAUGGAACCGCUUCCUGAUGGUUCAAUGAACCCAAGACGAAGUGCCAUCAAGCAAGUUGCUAGUGGACGGUUUGGAGUUUCCAGCUAUUACCUGACUAAUGCAGAUGAGCUGCAGAUUAAAAUGGCUCAGGGUGCCAAGCCUGGUGAAGGUGGUGAGCUUCCAGGUCACAAGGUUAUUGGUGACAUUGCUGUCACAAGACAUUCUACAGCUGGUGUAGGACUCAUUAGCCCUCCUCCUCAUCACGAUAUAUAUUCAAUUGAGGAUCUUGCACAGCUUAUACAUGAUCUUAAGAAUUCAAACCCUGGAGCCCGUAUCAGUGUCAAACUAGUCUCUGAGGCUGGAGUGGGAGUUGUUGCAAGUGGUGUUGUAAAAGGACACGCAGAUCAUGUUCUUAUUUCUGGACAUGAUGGAGGCACAGGAGCUUCAAGAUGGACAGGUAUCAAGAAUGCUGGACUUCCAUGGGAACUUGGAUUGGCUGAGACGCAUCAAACUCUAGUAGCAAAUGGGCUUCGUGGUCGAGCUGUUCUGCAAACAGAUGGACAGUUAAAGACUGGUAGAGAUGUUGCUGUUGCUUGCUUGCUUGGUGCAGAGGAAUUUGGUUUUAGCACUGCCCCACUGAUCACACUUGGCUGUAUUAUGAUGCGAAAAUGCCACAUGAACACUUGUCCUGUUGGUAUAGCUACUCAAGACCCAGUGCUUCGAGAAAAGUUUGCUGGAGAACCAGAACAUGUAAUUAACUUUUUCUUUAUGCUCGCCGAGGAGCUAAGAGAAAUCAUGGCAAACCUUGGGUUCCGCACCAUUACUGAAAUGGUUGGACGAUCUGAUAUGCUUGAGGUUGAUCCAGAAGUAGUGAAGAGCAACGAGAAACUUGAGAACAUUGACCUCUCACUGAUCUUGAAGCCAGCUGCAGAGAUUCGUCCAGGUGCUGCUCAGUACUGUGUUGAGAAGCAAGAUCAUGGCCUUGACAUGGCAUUAGAUAACAAACUAAUAGAUUUGUCAAGAACUGCUAUUGAAAAGCAAGUUCGUGUGUUCAUUGAGACUCCAAUUCAGAACACGAAUCGAGCAGUUGGAACCAUGCUCAGUCAUGAAGUCACUAAACGUUAUCACAUGAAUGGAUUGCCUGCUGGUACAAUUCAUGUGAAGUUCACUGGAAGUGCUGGCCAAAGUUUUGGCGCUUUUCUCUGUCCUGGAAUCACUCUUGAAUUAGAAGGAGACAGCAAUGAUUAUGUUGGUAAAGGAUUGUCUGGUGGAAAAAUUGUUGUGUACCCACCAAGGAACAGUUCAUUUAGUCCAGAGGACAAUAUUGUCAUUGGUAAUGUAGCUCUAUAUGGUGCUACCAAGGGAGAGGCAUACUUCAAUGGUAUGGCAGCAGAAAGGUUUUGUGUUCGCAACUCAGGUGCUCAAGCAGUAGUUGAAGGAAUUGGAGAUCAUGGAUGCGAGUACAUGACUGGAGGUACUGUGGUUAUCCUUGGAAAAACUGGACGUAACUUUGCUGCUGGAAUGAGUGGAGGCAUUGCUUAUGUUUACGAUGUUGAUGGGAAAUUCAGUGCCCGCUGCAACAAUGAGUUAGUUGAUCUAUAUCAUGUGGAGGAAGAGGAUGACAUCAUCACAUUGAAAAUGAUGAUUGAACAACAUAGACGUAACACCGAGAGUGUUUUAGCUAGAGACAUACUCUCUGAUUUUGAUAACCUUCUUCCAAAAUUUGUAAAAGUAUACCCAAGGGAUUAUAAGAGGGUUUUGGAAAACAUGAAAGUGGAAAAAGCUGCGGCUAAGCACACAAAGGAUCCUAAGAUGACAAAUGGUAUUUCUGUGACAACUAAGAAAGUACAACCUGAUCAGUCUGCUAGCCGACCAACACGUGUUGCCAAUGCCAAAAAGUACCGAGGUUUCAUUACAUAUGAGCGAGAGAGUAUUUCUUACCGAGAUCCAAAAGAGCGUGUUAAAGAUUGGAAGGAAGUUGCAAUUGAGUCAACACCUGGCCCACUAUUAAACACACAAUCUGCUCGCUGUAUGGAUUGUGGCACUCCUUUCUGUCAUCAGGAAAGCUCAGGUGCUGGCUGUCCUCUUGGAAAUAAGAUCCCAGAGUUCAAUGAAUUAGUUCACCAGAAUAGAUGGCGCGAAGCAUUGGAUCGAUUACUUGAGACAAACAAUUUCCCAGAAUUUACUGGACGAGUUUGCCCUGCUCCUUGUGAGGGAUCAUGUGUUCUUGGGAUCAUCGAAAAUCCAGUGUCUAUCAAAAGCAUAGAAUGUGCAAUCAUAGACAAAGGUUUUGAAGAGGGAUGGAUGGUACCACGGCCUCCACUUCAAAGAACUGGAAAGAAGGUGGCCAUUGUUGGCAGUGGACCAUCUGGUUUGGCUGCUGCGGAUCAACUAAACAAAAUGGGCCAUUUUGUAACUGUGUUUGAACGAGCCGACCGCAUUGGAGGUUUAAUGAUGUAUGGUGUGCCAAACAUGAAGACAGACAAGAUCGGCAUUGUUCAACGCCGUGUUAAUUUAAUGGCUGAAGAGGGUGUCACUUUUGUGGUGAAUGCCAAUGUUGGUAGUGAUCCUUUAUACUCAAUUGACCGUCUACGUUCUGAGAAUGACGCAGUUAUUUUGGCUUGUGGAGCAACAAAACCAAGAGAUCUCACAAUUCCUGGACGUGAGCUAUCAGGAGUUCAUUUUGCAAUGGAAUUUCUGCACGCAAAUACCAAAAGUUUACUGGACAGCAACCUUGAGGAUGGUAAGUACAUAUCUGCCAAGGGGAAAAAGGUGGUGGUUAUUGGUGGAGGUGAUACAGGCACAGAUUGCAUUGGUACAUCUAUUAGGCAUGGUUGCAGCAGCCUUGUAAAUCUCGAACUUCUGACUAAACCACCGAGCAAGAGAGCUGCUGACAACCCAUGGCCGCAGUGGCCAAGAAUUUUCCGUGUUGACUAUGGGCAUCAAGAAGCUGCUACCAAGUUCGGGAAGGAUCCAAGAACUUAUGAAGUCAUGACAAAGCGUUUUCUUGGUGAUGAAAAUGGCAAGGUGAAGGCCCUUGAGGUAGUGCGUGUGAAGUGGGAGAAAGUAGAUGGAAGAUUUCAACUCAAGGAGAUCCAAGGAUCAGAAGAAAUCAUCGAGGCAGAUCUCGUCCUCCUAGCUAUGGGAUUCCUGGGCCCUGAAGCGACUAUCGCUGAAAAACUGGGUCUGGAGAAGGACAACCGAUCAAACUUCAAAGCCCAGUUUGGAGACUUUGCCACCAGUGUUGAUGGCGUCUUUGCAGCCGGGGACUGCAGACGCGGACAAUCAUUGGUGGUUUGGGCCAUCACGGAGGGGCGGCAGGCUGCUGCAGCGGUAGACAAGUACUUGACAAGGACCGAUCAGAAUGCUGCAGGCGACAUCACCCCUUCCGGCGCAGGUCUCGUUCAGCCAGUUGCUGCAUAAACUGAAUCAUGUUCUAGGUUCUCGUUAGGAUAUCCUGUGAUUGAUCACAUCAAACGGUGUUCUCUUAGUUGUCUAAGAAGCAGAUAAUGCCCGGGCUCAUUAAGGAAGAGAGCCCUUCUAUAUUUUGAUGAUAGAUAAACAGUUGGAAGUUUUGGUGGCUAUUGUUUCUUCAUCUUUUCCAGAUAUAUGUUUUGCAUGUUGGGAUGUGGUUUUGUAGUCCGAAUAAUGUACAGUCUUUCCGUUGAAUUAAUAGAUGUAAAUUUGUCGGGUAA